AUCAGUUUCACGACUCAAUUUUUUGGCGCAGAUCGAUUUGUCGCGACAUCACGACGACCGGCAGAGCAUAAUGUAAGUUGUGCGCCUGGUAUUAUCGAUCUCACUCGUAAAAGCGACAUCGCGAGCGCCUUCGUCUAUCCACCGUUGUCUUGAAGCGCGGCGCACAUCAUGGACGGACUUGAAGAGCUCGGCCAGCUCUCACUCGUCUCGGCGGUGGCUACAGCGAUCAGCAACUUCAUGGGAGUCUCCGAUGCCACGAUUGCCGAAUAUGUCCUCGCCGAACAUGCCAAAUGCGACACUUCUGACGACUUUGCGGCGAAGUUGGCCGAAUUUGAUUUCCCCACAACCUUGGUCGAGAGUAUUGAGAGGUUGAUCGCGACUAUGCAAGGGCCGCGCAAGAACAAUCUGUCGGGGAAGGAUGGCAGUCAGACUCAUGGCAAUGGAGCGGUGAAUGGAAACGGCAAGGAGAAAGGCCGGAGUGAGACGUUUCGGGGGCUUGCGAUUCCUGAUCAGCCAGUGGAAUCUAUCGCGGAUGCUGCGGACGAGAUGGAUGAUGCUUUUGCCAUGUUGGAAGGUCUGGCGGGCGGCAGAGGCGGAAGCAAAGGCCAGGACGGCAAGUCGCAUGCAUCCAGAAAGAGAAGUGUAUCACCAGUGCGGCAUGAUACUGAAGAGACGCGUUCAAAAAGAAUGAGGAGGUCACGAUCACGGUCGAAGAGCCCGAUGAAAGACCGCCGGAGAAAUGAUGAAUAUGUUUUCGAGGAUGAGUUCGGUCGUACCAGGACAUACAGGCCAGGGCAAGAUCGGGAAGAGGACAGUCAUCGGCGAAGUCGAAAGUCUCGUCGUGACUCAUUCGAUCGGCCGCCACCAGCCAAAUUGGACGACUUGCCCAUUUUAUACAAAAUUUACGACGGUCGUGUGACAGGAGUCAAGGAUUUUGGAGUCUUCGUCAACCUGCAAGGCGUGCGUGGGAAGGUCGAUGGGUUGGUUCAUGUCUCUGCAAUGGCAGAAUACAAAGUGAACCAUCCUAGCGAUUUGGUUUCGCGAGAUCAGCCUGUCAAGGUCAAGGUUAUGAAGAUGCAAGACAACCGAAUAAGCUUGAGUAUGGCGGAGGUUGAUCAAGUGACGGGCCAGGAUCUUAAUGCGGGACGGAGAAUGCAGAAUGCUACUGGCGCAAAUGCUGUCGGAUUGACGGGAAGUGGAGAUGUACCGGUGAUUGAGACUUCAGCAACUUUGAAUGGUGGCAAGCGACAAAAGAAACGCAUGACGAGUCCAGAGCGAUGGGAAAUUCGACAGCUGAUAGCAUCGGGUGUGAUCAAAGCUGCUGACUUUCCUGACCUUGAUGAGGAUUACAACGCUGCUAUCAAUGGCGAACAGAUUGUCGAAGAAGAGGACAUCGAUAUUGAAGUUCGGGAGGAAGAGCCGCCUUUCCUUGCGGGUCAGACCAAACAAUCACUGGAACUAUCACCAAUCAGGGUCAUCAAAGCACCCGACGGAAGUAUGAAUCGUGCGGCCAUGCAGGGCGAUGUACUGGCUAAGGAACGGCGAGAUCUACGGCAACAGGAAAUGCAAGACAAAGCAGCUCAGGCAGCUGCGAAGACGGAUCUUGGUGCAAACUGGAACGACCCAAUGGCGAACCCUGACCAGAGGAAAUUUGCGAGUGACUUGCGACAACCUCAACAAUCGAACGCAAGCAACGAUGUGCCGGAAUGGAAGAAGAUUGCCACGGGUCGUGGUGAGCUCGGGAAAAGAACGUCAAUGUCCAUCAAAGAGCAGCGAGAGAGUCUACCAGCAUACAAGAUGCGUGCGCAAUUUCUUGAUGCAGUGCGGCAAUUCCAGCUUCUCAUCGUGGUUGGAGACACUGGAUCUGGCAAAACCACCCAGCUAACCCAAUAUCUAGCCGAGGAAGGGUUUGCCAACAACGGUAUGAUCGGAUGUACGCAGCCUCGGAGAGUCGCCGCCAUGUCCGUCGCCGCUCGUGUCAGUGACGAGGUUGGAUGUCGACUCGGCGAAGAAGUUGGAUACACGAUUCGUUUCGAGGACAAAACGACCCAGAACACCAAAAUCAAGUACAUGACCGAUGGAAUCAUGCAGCGAGAGAUUCUGCUUGACCCCGAACUUCACAAAUACAGCGUGAUCAUGCUUGACGAAGCCCACGAACGUACAAUCGCGACAGACGUGCUGUUCGGUCUGCUCAAAAAGACAUUGAAGAAACGACCAGAUAUGAAAUUGAUCGUCACUUCAGCAACGCUUGACGCGGAAAAGUUCUCACUUUAUUUCAACGAAUGUCCGAUUCUUACGAUUCCCGGCAGAGCGUUUCCUGUCGAAGUCAUGUACAGCCGUGAGCCAGAGAGCGAUUAUCUUGACGCCGCUCUCACGACUGUCAUGCAGAUUCAUCUGACGGAGAGUGAAGGUGACAUUCUGCUCUUCUUGACCGGCAAGGAAGAGAUUGACACGAGCUGCGAGAUCUUAUAUGAGCGUAUGAAGGCAUUGGGCCCAUCUGUGCCCGAGCUGAUUAUUCUCCCCAUUUACGGAGCACUUCCGUCGGAAACCGCCAGCCGAAUCUUCGAACCUCCACCACCAGGUGGUCGGAAGGUCGUCAUUGCGACGAAUAUUGCCGAAACGAGUAUCACCAUCGACGGGAUUUAUUUUGUCAUUGAUCCGGGAUUCGUCAAGCAGCAGGCAUAUGACGCGAAGCUUGGUAUGGACAGACUUCAAGUUACGCCGAUCUCGCAGGCUCAGGCAAAACAGCGAGCAGGUCGUGCUGGUCGGACGGGGCCCGGAAAAUGUUUCCGGUUGUACACCGAGGCUGCGUUUCAAAGCGAGAUGCUACCAACAACCAUCCCUGAAAUUCAAAGGCAGAAUUUGUCAAAUACGAUUCUCAUGUUGAAAGCCAUGGGGAUCAACGAUUUGCUAGGAUUUGACUUCAUGGACCCUCCACCGACAAACACCAUGUUGACUGCGCUUGAAGAACUAUACGCUUUGUCCGCACUUGAUGACGAUGGCCUUCUCACGCGAAUGGGUCGCCGGAUGGCAGACUUUCCCAUGGAUCCAACCCUCGCCAAAGCGCUUAUCAUGUCUGUCGACCUCGGCUGCAGUGACGAGAUGCUCACCAUCGUUUCCAUGAUCAGUGCAGGACCUACCGUCUUCCACCGCCCAAAGGAGAAGCAACAACAAGCCGACCAGAAGAAAGCCCGAUUCCACGACCCUGCAGGCGACCAUCUUACUUUACUUAACGUCUACAACGGCUGGAAGAACGCCGGCCGAAGCGACCCCUGGUGUUUCGAAAACUACAUCCAACCCCGCGCUCUCCGCCGGGUUGAAGACGUCCGCAAGCAAUUGGUCCAGAUCCUUGACCGUCACCGUCUCCGCGUAAUCUCCUGCGGCCGAGACACGACCCGUGUCCGUCAAGCUCUCUGCUCAGGCUUCUUCCGGCACGCCGCGCGCAAAGACCCGCAAGAGGGCUACAAGACACUUGUCGAAGGCACUCCCGUCUACAUGCACCCGGCAUCUGCAUUAUUCGGCAAGCCCGCCGAGCAUGUCGUCUAUCACUCUCUGGUCGAGACGACAAGGGAAUAUAUGCAUAAUGUCACGGCGAUUGAACCGAAAUGGUUGGUCGAGGCCGCUCCGACCUUUUUCAAGGUGGCGGGCCAGGAAGGUGGUUUGAGUAAGAGGAAGCGUGCAGAGAGGAUUCAACCUCUGCAUAAUCGCUUUGCUGGCGAGGAUGAUUGGCGGUUGUCUGCGCAGAAGCGACAGGGUAGAGGUGGAGGUGGUACUUGGGGUUGAUGUGGAUGCUUGCAAUCAUGAUCAAAUCAAGUUGCAGCACCCUUUCUUCUUUGUCGAGUGAAAGCCUGCUCGUUCCGGCGAGUCGUUUCGUGAACAAGGAAUUUCUCUCGCUCGUGACGUCUGCUGAUUGCCCGGAUCGCGUAGGUUUGCUUCGUCAGCCUUACCUUGGCAUUAUCAAUCUUCACUUGACCAAUUGUGACCCCAUUACCUCAUUGUAGAUAAAUACGAAAACCGAGCCGUGGUGAACAAAGACCCCAUGAUGAUCGCCUGGCUGUACUUGCCCCUUUUGGUCA